GCACCACUCGGCACUCCUUGUGGAUUAUUAUGGUUUCGACUUCGCAUACUGUUAGCUGUAUCGUCAAUACAAAUAAAUAAUUAACGGAAAUGGUAACAAAUGACCAUUAAAUAAUUACAAUGUAUAGCAUUAGUAAUGUGGACUGUUUAGUGUAAUAACAUUUCUGCACAGAAUCAGAUUGAUUAUACAUAGUGAGAGAAAAUGACAUAAAUAAUGUCUGGAGGUAACUCAAAGAAUAAGUCGCGAUCCAAGCGUCACGAGGGAUGGGAGGAGGCUGGUGGGGAGUUCUACCAGGAGUUGUACCCUGGUGGAGAGCAAGAACUCUUCGACAACCUCCAGAGAGCUGAUGCUGCGAAAUUGGCAACGUUGCUGCCUUCCAAACAGGCUAGAAAUACUACAACAGCGAAGCGAACUAGAUCUCAAAAUGAGCGUCGUCAGUCGACGUAUGCGCGUACGACGCAAAGCAGAGACAUACAUCUCUCUAUGUUGCCCGAUCUAUCUGAAAAUCUAUCAAAUGAGGAAAGGACCUGGGAGGAAAUUAUGCAGAUUAAGGCUAUGCCUGUCCCGAUGCAUCAGAAAAGAGACCUCAAAGCAAGACUGCAGAACGCUACAAAACUUCGUUUGCAAGGCUUCGAGCAGCUUCAAUGGCGGCAACGCAAAGUGUGGCACCGAUUCAGUAAUCGAUUUACGGAAAUUGUGGGGAAAUUCGAGUUAUGGCAGUCCGCGUUACGGGAAAUCGAGGGUAAAUUUGGCGUCGGUGUCGUUUCAUAUUUCCUCUUCCUGCGAUGGUUGUUUUUCCUCAACAUUGCCAUAUCACUAUUCGUAAUUGUAUUUUUAAUCCUGCCUCAAGUGUUGCUAGUCGAAAAUAGUCUGUUAUGUAAUGAUACGUAUCCGAAUUCCACAAUUUGUUGUUCCGAGGCGUACUUCAACCGGAAUUUGACUGGAAAUAAUGUGAUUUUAGACUUAAUACAGGGGACCGGAUGGAUGGAACGCACCAUUUUGUUCUAUGGCGUGUACAGCGAUCAGAUUUAUUCGUAUUUCGUUAAAAAUCUAUGGGAGACAGAAAUGUUCUUCAACAUGCCAUUGGCGUUUAUCCUGGUCCCCAUUUGUUGGGUUCUGUUCUCUCUGAUAGCGAUAGUGAAAACUGGGGCGAAGGGGUUCAAGGAACGGUUGAUAGAGAGUGAAGGCCAGUUCUACAUGUACUGCAAUCUGGUUUUUGGGGGUUGGGAUUUCUGUAUCCACAACGAAAAGUCCGCUAAAAUUAAACACAAAGCGCUGUAUAACGAAAUCAAAGGGUGUUUGGAGAAGGAAAGGUUCAACGAGGAGAAGCAGUUGAGGAGCAAAGAGAGUCAUAUUUUGAUGCAUUUACGACGUAUUUUAGUUAAUUUAAUAGUUUUCGUUAUCUUAGUUGCGUCUGGGGUUUUGAUAUAUUACGCGUUUAAUUAUUCAAAGGAUCUGCUAGACGAACAAGCGUCCGGGGCCGAGUACGUCAAUCGGACGGCCGAGAGGUUGACGUUAGAGUUGAGGGAGGGGUAUACGUUCGGAAGAUUCCAGAACAUAGUAUUGGAAUUCCUUCCGUCCAUAUGCAUUGUCGUCCUGAACAUAAUUGUCCCAGAAAUGUUCGAGUAUCUGAUCCAUUACGAGAACUACAAUCCCGCGCAUGUCAUUUUCAUAUCUUUACUUCGAACAGUUUUGUUGAGAUUAUCAUCGUUCGCGGUGUUGUUGAGCCAAAUCUACAUACAAAUAAUGGACCCGAAUAGGAUCCUGUGCUCGGUGUACACGGAUGAAGGGCGGCUGGAAUGUUGGGAGACUUAUUUCGGACAGCAGUUGUACAAGUUGAUUUUGACAGAUUUCGCCGUCCAAUUUGUGAUGAUAUUCUUCAUAAACUUCCCGCGUUCGUUCAUCGCUCGUCACUCGCAUAACAAUUGCCUCAAAGUGAUCGGCACUCAACACUUCUAUCUCCCAAAGCACGUUCUCGACAUCGUAUACGUCCAGACAAUUAUAUGGAUGGGGGCGUAUUUCUGUCCGUUUCUUCCUGUCAUCGGUUUGAUUUAUUCCUUCCUGAUAUUCUAUAUGAAGAAAUUCGCGUGUUUGGUCAACAGUACUCCCUCCCCGAUAGUUUACAAAGCGUCCAAAUCGAAAUCCCUCUUCAUGUCGUUCCUGCUGUUGGGUUUUGUGAUAUCGAUAGCGCCAGUGGCCUAUGCUAUCGCUGAGAUCAUGCCGUCAAUAAACUGUGGACCUUUCAGAGGUUAUUCUACAGUAUGGGAAUAUGUUGUCAUAACGUUUGACACAUUUCCAAAUAUUCUUCGUGAGUUUAUCUUUUUGCUGGGGACUUCCACGUUCGCCGUUCCCGCGUUUGCCGUGCUGUUGUUCUUUCUAUAUUAUUAUUGGGCGGUCGCGACGGCUAAUAGGCAUAUGGUGACGGUUCUCAAGAAUCAAUUGGUGCUGGAGGGGCACGAUAAGCAGUUCUUGUUGAAUAGACUGAGCGCGUUUAUUCGGCAGCAUCAGAAACGCUGCGAGAGGAACAGAGCUAGCUUCGCGGAUGACGAUUCCGAACAGAAUAGUUCUAGAUAAUUUCUCUCCAAGUUAUCCUUAUGAUAAAUAACAGUGGAUGUUUAUUGUAUAUUAUAUGUCUAUUAUGAAAGUACACAUUUCAAUAGCUCUCUAAAUCGAAAGAUAUUUUAAAUACUACCAAGUUAUGAUG